UACAUCUAGGCGGUGGUGAUAAGUGACGUGGUUGUGCUCUACAUCCUGAAGAAGAGAAACUACUACAAGGAGAACAAGUACCAGCAAGUUGUGGAUAUGGACAGCGACAAAGAAUACGAAAUCAUCAACAAUCCACCGGAGGCACGGACCAUUGUGAGCCUUCGCACAUUAUCCAAGAAGCCAGUCAACUACUCCUCAACCUCCAGUAGCAGUGACAACUCCCAGGACCUCAAGAGUGAUAACUUAUAACUGCAGUCGCGAAUCGCGAUGACUCUUAACGAUGAAUUCUAUGAGACUUGU